GUUAAUAGUCAUCACGUUUCAUCUCCUUACUGCCAGGUCCUGACUUCUCCGAUAGACAGUCACAGCGAUGGAUUUAGAAUUCUCUGCAGCUACGUAUAUUGUGCUGGCUUUAUCCAUAUUAUACAUCCUUAAUAUUCUGUAUAAGUGCAACAAUGGCAACGUCAAAAAUUUUCCUCCUGGACCAUGGGCUUGGCCACUCAUUGGAAAUUUGCAUAUUAUAGAUUUGAAGAAAGCACACAUAAGUUAUCGAGAGCUUGCAAAGAAAUAUGGUGAAGUGUUUAGCGUGAAAAUGGGUACAAAACAAAUAGUGGUGUUGGCUGGAUAUGAAGCUGUUAAAGAUGCUCUCGUCAAUUACGCUGAAGAGUUUGGAGGAAGAGGGAAAACCAGAAUAUUCAUAAACAUGGACAAGAAUUUAGGUGAGACU